AUGGGAAAUAAUCUUGGUUGUGAUACAGUUUAGGAUUAUAAUACUGAAAUAGAUAAAUAACUAUAAAAUGAUUAUGUAUUUUUAAAAGAAUAAAAUGAUCCUUGUUUUGGCGAUAUUCGUAAAAAAAUAAAAUAAAAUAAAAAAACUCAUAUAUAAAAAAAAUUAGUAUUAUAUAAAGAAAAGAAGAAUUAAUAAAAUAAAUUAUUUAUUAAAUCUAUUUGGAGUAAUUCUGAAGAAGAUUAAAAAAAAAUAUUAUAAUAGUGUAAUCGAAGAAUAUAAUACUAGCAUCCGAACAUUUUAUAAAUGAUUGGAUACAAAAAAAAUUCAGAAACUUAAAUAUGUGGAGACUACUAAAAAAUUUAAUGUUAUUUUGAAUAUUUACCUUUUAAUUUAGAAAAAGAAAUAAAAAAAAGAAAUGAUUAAUAAAAUUAUUUUAAAGAAUCUGAAAUUUGGUAUAUUUUAGAUUCAAUUGUAAACGCAUGUAUAUUUUUUGAAUAAAAUAAAAUAUUUAAUGGAGAUUUAAGACCAAUAAAUAUAUUAUUAACAAAAUAAGGACUAGUAAAAAUUGCAGAUAAUGGUAUAUUAAAUUCUAAUAAAAAUGGCUAUAUUAAAGCUUUUUAAAAUAAUGAAUAUUCUUAUUUAUCUCCUAUAUUAAUGAAUGCAUUAAAUAAUUAAGAAUUAAAACCUGUUCAUAAUGUUUAUAAAUCAGAUGUUUUUUCAUUAGGAAUGACAAUUCUUGAAUGUUGUUUACUUUCUUAGUUAUUGACUAAAUGUUAUUGUUUUGAUACUUAUUAUAUAAAUUAAAAUAGUAUUUUUUAAUAAAUAAAAAUUGCUUAAUAAAAAUAUUCAGUUUUUCUUAUCAAUUUAAUAUCAGAAAUGGUUAGCUUCGAUGAAAAAUAAAGACCUUCUUUUUAUGAAAUUUAAUCAAUUCUAACACCAUAUAAAAUAUAAAUUUAAAAUUUUUAGGAUUUUAAUGAAGAAUAUUCAACAUUUUAAUCUAAUUUAUAUAAUUCUAAUAUUUAACUAUUAAAUUAAAGUGGAAUAAUGUAAUUAUAAUAAUAAUAAAAAUAAUAUCCAAUAUAAAGUUAAGGUUCUUUUGUAUAAUAAAAUUAAGGAAUUCAUUUAUAAAAUUAAUCUUUUUAAUAAAUCAGACAAUAAGUUAAACAAUAAACAAUUAUCCCUAUAUAAUAUUUGAUUACAAAAUAGAACAAUUGCAUUAAUUAAAACAAUAAUAUUAAUAUUAAUAAUAAUAAUAAUAAUAAUAAUAAUAAUAAUAAUAAUAAUAAUAAUAAUCAUAUUUAUGAAUCUUUUAAUCCAACUACAAAUAUUGUAAAUUCUUAAAAUUUUAAUAGCUAAACUCCUAUUUAGGAAACUUUUUAAAAUAAUUUUUAAGUAAUAAAUUUAUCUAAUAAUGGAUAUUAAGGGUUAGAAGAAUCUGAAGUAUAGUUCAAUGUUGAUGAUCAUUUAGCUUGUUAAAACUUUAAUGAUAUAGAUAAUUUAUAAGGAAAUAUAAGUAAUGAUUUCAGAAAUUAAUGA